AUGCGCGACGGGGGGCGCCUGGAGCGCUUUGCGAAUGAGGUGCUGCCGGCGGUACGCGACGCCGUGCUGGCAGUGCGACGCCUGCGGGAGGUUUUCGGGGAGGGGAGUGAGGCGGUGGAAUGCGAGCUUGUGAGGGGCGGGUGGCUCACCAUGAGGGAUGAGAGUAGUUUUUGGUUUGCCGUGCCGGGCAUGGGCGGGUUUGACGCACAGAGGAGGAAGGGUGCAGCGGAACUCUUGGACCUGUUGCGGAAGACGCCGUUUAAAGAGAUGCUUCUGAACAAACUUGAGGGGAGAAGUAUGAAGAAGAGCUGCUUUACGGCUCAGUGGCAUGUUAGGGAUUUAGUGGGAGGGGGACCUCUGGAGACCAUUGAGACUUCAGUCGGCACACUGGUGAGAUUGAGGUAG